GAAUGACUGAACGUGGACGUUGCUCACGCUACAGACCCCUAUGGCUUUAAGAACGGCUUCCUAGUCGCUUCGCCUAUCACAUGAUUUUUGUCCUGUGACUGAAAACGCGUCAGCAGAAACAAACACAGGCUAUUUCCGCAUAGGACACAUCGAAGCAGAAGGGGAAUACCUCCAGUAAUAUGGACAGCAAACCUCUGGUGCAAGACAGACCGCCUGCUUACAGCGUCGCCCCUGGGGGGUAUGAAUACGGGCAGCAGCCUCAGCAUAACUAUGGAGCGAUCCGCACGCCUGGCCCGCCGCCGCCGGGCUAUCAGCCGCCUCUUCUGCCGUAUCAGUGUCCCAGCGGGUCAGCGUGCCCACAGCUGCCAUCUAUUGGCCAGCAACCGAGUUACACCAACACGUACACGAUCAUCCAACCCUCUGUAGUGGUGGUGGGUGGAUGUCCGGCUUGCAGAGUUGGCGUGCUGGAGGACGACUUCACUUGCUUAGGACUCCUGUGUGCUAUAUUCUUCUUUCCCAUUGGGAUCAUCUUCUGCUUUGCGCUGCGCCAGAGGCGAUGUCCAAACUGUGGCGCCACCUUUGGGUAGAGGGACCAAACUGCGGCUUGGGCAUUUCACAGAUUUUUUUUUUCCUUUUCUCCUUUUCAUCUUCUACUACACAGACACUGCCGUAUGUUUCCCAGAGAUUCAAAGCAGUAUGAUCAAGCAGUUUAAGAUGAGCAAUGUGUCACCAGAAGUCUGUAUUUAGAUUAAAAUUACCUGUCAAAUUCCUAGCUGCUUGUCACUCUGUUUUGGUGCUUUAGUUACACUGAAUCAUUCUCUUCCCCAUCACAGCUUAGCAGAAAUAAUGUGGGAUAAAAAGUACAUUUCAGAAAUGAUUUAAUCCACCUUAAGAAUAAAUGUAUAAACUUUCAGCUGGCUGUGGAUGGAAGGAAUUCUGGAAGGAUUGUUUUUUUUUUCCCCCCUGUGAUUCUUCUGUUGCUAUGGCAACCUUCACUCUGUGUUUUCCACGUUUGAAGGGAUCAGUACCGCUUGCUGUACUCGGUUGGGGUUGGUCGUGGCAUGUCUGCCUGUGUCUGUCAUCCUUCAGCCCAGCUGGGUUGCUUUGUGCCCAAAUGCCAUGAGAUUGUUGAGCCAAAAUGAGAAAGAGACCAAAUCUCGCAGAGCGGCUUUCAGCCUCCGUCCCGUCAGUUUCCUUCUGUACGUCGCUGCUAGGGCCUCGCUGCUGUGCACUAUCCCUCCUCAGGAUCACAUGGUUGUGAUGUUUUUGUUUUCCAGACAAUCACACAGCAGUUAACCUCCUCUCUGGAGUCAUUCUGAGUUCAUGAGUACUCCUCUGUUCCAUAAUACCUCUAGAUGCAAUAUGUAAUUACAUUUAUCACCCUGUAAGCAAAGUACACACUCUUAUGAAUGUAAUCCUGUUUAUAUGAAUGUAAAUAUAAUAAAGUGAAAUUUGUAUCCACAGCCUUCA